AUGGUGGUUCAAAACAGUGGACGAGGAGGCAACAUGUUGGCGAAAACGAGAAUGAAGUUUAUAAAGAGUCACACAUCACCUGUGAGUUUGCAUUCUUAUCUCUCUCUCUUUCUAUCAAAUAUCAAUGCACGUAUUUGGAAUAUCAACAACUUUCAUCUGCUCCAAAUCUAUAUUACUUAUCCAAAUUGCCUUCUAAAAUCUAUCAAACACAAUUCCACCUCAUUCACUUUGCAAAUCUUUCACACUAAUCUCUCCUCUAUAAUCUGUUAUCUGAAUCUGAAUGAAAUGACAAACACGAAAGCUGGGAAGUUGUUGCUGUUUUUUCUCUGUUUCAAUGUGAUCUUUCAUACAGUGAUCUUGAUGGUGAUUGUGGUUUCGACGAUUUGGGCUGAAUGGGAAGGGGAAUUUUUUCCUGGGAUUCCCAAAAUUAAAUACGAGGGACCCAAAAGCAAAAAUCCACUUGCAUAUAAAUGGUAUAAUCCCAAUGAGGAGAUUCUUGGAAAGAAUAUGAAGGAUUGGAUGCGAUUUAGUGUUGCUUUUUGGCACACUUUUCGUGGAACAGGUGGUGACCCUUUUGGUGCAGCUACUAAAAUGUGGCCAUGGGAAGAUGGUACUAAUUCUUUAGCCAUGGCAAAGAGAAGAAUGAGGGCGAAUUUUGAGUUCUUAGAGAAGCUUGGAGUUGAUAGGUGGUGUUUUCAUGAUAGAGACAUUGCUCCAGAUGGUGAAACAUUGGAGGAAACUAAUGCAAAUCUUGAUGAAAUUGUAGCUCUUGCGAAAGAACUUCAGGGGACAAAAAUUCGUCCUUUAUGGGGUACAGCUCAGUUGUUCAUGCAUCCCCGCUACAUGCAUGGUGGUGCCACCAGCCCUGAAAUUGGAGUCUAUGCAUAUGCUGCAGCUCAAGUCAAGAAAGCAAUAGAGGUUACACAUUAUCUAGGGGGUGAAAAUUAUGUGUUUUGGGGUGGUCGUGAGGGUUAUCAGACUCUUCUCAACACUGAUAUGGAGAGAGAGCUUGAUCAUAUGGCACGGUUUUUUGAAGCUGCAGUAGCCUAUAAAAAGAAGAUUGGAUUCACUGGAACACUUCUUAUUGAGCCCAAGCCUCAAGAACCCACAAAGCACCAGUAUGAUUGGGAUGCCGCCACUGCUGCUAAUUUCUUAAGGAAGUAUGGACUUAUAGGAGAAUUCAAAUUGAAUAUUGAAUGCAACCAUGCUACUCUAUCUGGUCACAGCUGUCACCAUGAGCUUGAAACUGCAAGAAUCAAUGGUUUAUUAGGAAACAUUGAUGCCAACACUGGUGACCCUCAAGUUGGUUGGGAUACUGAUCAGUUUUUGAUGGAUGUCAAUGAAGCCACUUUGGUUAUGCUGAGUGUCAUCAAGAAUGAUGGACUUUCACCUGGGGGAUUCAAUUUUGAUGCCAAAUUACGAAGGGAAAGUACAGAUGUUGAAGACUUAUUUAUUGCUCAUAUUGCUGGUAUGGAUACUCUUGCACGUGGUCUUCGUAAUGCUGCAAAGCUACUUGAGGAUGGAUCUUUAACAGAGCUUGUUCGCAAGAGAUAUCAAAGCUUUGAUUCAGAACUUGGUGCCCAAAUCGAGGCUGGAAAAGCUGAUUUUGAGUUGUUAGAAAAGAAGGUUAUGGAAUGGGGAGAACCUACAGUUCCUUCUGGCAAACAGGAACUUGCGGAGAUGAUUUUCCAAUCUGCAAUAUUCUCCGCUUCAGAGAUUUGGGAUUCUGCCUUUGAAGACGAAGCGAUCUGA